AAGGUCUAAAAGGGUGACCCGAUUCGAAGGGGUCCAUCCGUCUGGGAUGCGCACCGGGCUAGCUUCGCGCGCAAAGAGUGGCGCGCAAAGAUAUUUCGCGCGAUGACCGUCUCACGUGCCGCUGCAGUUAGGGCGGCUGUGCUCCUUGUUCUGUGCGGGGCAGUCCUCGCCGAUACAGUCUACAACUUGAAGACUGGCCAGGUACAUCAAGUCAAGAAAGGGCACCACAAGAAGCAGCUACCACACCCCGACCGGUGGCCCAGUUCUGAGAUUCAUCGUCCAAAAGAAGAUAAGGCUUGGAAGGACUUAGAAGAGACGGAGAAGGCGGUGAGCCCGGAAGAGGAGGGUGACCCUUGGGGGCAGUACGCGUCUGUCCCCACCAUCCGCGUGCGACACAAAGGCGGGCUAAUACCUCCCGUCAUUGAGAACGUUCCCAUGCAUAAUCUGUCCGAGGAGGAGUCACUGGAGCCUGUCACCAUAUGCGCACCAGGAUGGCACGCUCCCCUCAACAAACACCCAUUCAGGCGACAGCGAUUUCUAGGCCAACAACCGCAGAUGUCCUUUACCGGAGUUCAGUUCAUCUUCGGUGACCUGGUGCGACCCAACUUGCCCUCGGCGUCAUUGGAUGAUCAAGAAUACCUUGACGUUUUCCCAAGCAAUAACCCAGACGAAGAUACAGACGCCCCUUUUAGUUUCGUGAAAGGUCCUGCUUAGCUGUGCGGCAUCGAGAAUGCGUCGUCAGAGGAGACCGAAUGCGCAACCCGCGUUGCUCAAACAGAAGCAAACACACACCUUGAAAAAAAGCUGCAAUAAAGUAAUUACUCGCUUCAUCCUAUAUAAAGUGAGUCACUGCA